AUGGAUGUUGUGGUGGUGUACAAGACAUUGGCACCUUGUUGCAUCACACGCAUCCUAGUGACGUGGAGUGAGUCUAGUAUGGUGGUGGAGAUAGUUCGCCGGAGUUGUGUUGGGAUUUGUCCUCCACAGUUGUUUGCCGGAGUUGGGUUCGAUUAUCACUUAAUUGUUUUGAUUUUGGGUUUCAAGCAAGAAUGGCGUUGGGAGGAAGAAAAAGGCGAUAAGGGUAUAGAGGUCAUUUAG